AUGGAGUUACUGUCCCUCUCGUCUCCUCCGAUCCCGCACCAAACGCAAACAGUAUCCUCCUGCUUCAAUCGCAAAGGAGUGGCAUCCUUCUCAACGUCGUCCUUCUCCUCGCUCCCUUCUAAACCGGCGGCCGCCAUUACCGCUCUUCAUUGCUCAUCCUCUUAUCCCAAAACCUCUGUUUACCCCUCUUCCAACCAAAAUGCCUCCUUCCUCGCCUCUUCCCUCACCGCCAACUCCCCCCAGUCUCCCGCCACUGCCAUGAGGGGAGCAGAGGCUGACGCCAUGGGCCUGCUGCUCAGGGAGAGGAUUGUGUUCCUCGGCAACGAAAUCAACGACUUUGUCGCCGAUGCCAUCAUCAGUCAGUUGCUCCUCCUUGAUGCUCAGGAUCCCACCAAGGACAUUCGUCUCUUCGUCAAUUCUCCCGGAGGAUCUCUCAGUGCGACAAUGGCUAUCUAUGAUGUCGUGCAACUUGUUAGGGCUGACAUUUCCACUGUUGCCCUCGGCAUGGCGGCAUCAACAGCUUCCAUCAUCCUUGGUGGUGGCACGAAAGGAAAGCGCUUGGCAAUGCCCAACACACGGAUAAUGAUUCAUCAACCACUUGGAGGUGCUAGUGGACAAGCAAUAGAUGUAGAGAUUCAAGCAAGGGAAAUCAUGCACAACAAGAAGAACAUUGUGAGCCUUAUUUCAAGCUGGUGUGGUCGGACGAUCGAGCAGGUGGAGAAAGAUAUUGAUAGGGACCGGUACAUGUCUCCAAUUGAGGCAGUUGAGUACGGAAUAAUCGAUGGUGUGAUUGAUAGGGAUAGCAUCAUUCCUCUACUUCCCGUGCCAGAUAGGGUUACGCCUACCCUGAAUUACGAGGACAUGCGAAAAGAUCCAAUGAAGUUCCUGAAUCCAGAUGUGCCUGAUGAUGAGAUUACUAGAUAG